CCCUCUUGGAGCGAAAAAUGUCUCAACCACGACAAAGCUUAAACCCACCGAAUCGACCUCCAGAAGAUGAAUCAGAGCCAAUCCUUUCCCCAGCUCAAAUAUGGGAUGAAACAACUACAUUAGUUCAAGAUACCACAGAAGUCAUCAAGGAAGGUAUAGAUGAAGAUCCUGAACUGGUUUAUCAAGCACUCAAUCAAACUUUUAAAUGGUUAGAAAGAUGUCGAGAAAAAUUAGAAAAUGGGAGGAACGAAAUGAAUCGUUUCGAGCGUCAAGCUGAAGCUAAGCAAGAGGCUUUGGACAAGAUGAAAGCCAACUCAGUGGUGAGAGAAACACAAGCAGAGAUUUACGCACUCAAACAGGAUUCAUAUGAAGAAGCGAGAAAGUUGAAAGAGCUUGAUAGUAAUGUAGGGGUCACCAAGGCUCAAAUCGCUCGUUUGCAAGCUGAGUGCAAACAACUUGAACAUUAUGAGCCUAGUCGGUCACCGUCCGGCGACUUUGUUUUUGGUACUUCAUUAUUGAAAACCAAACUUAAUCAUGAACUUGGGUUUGUACAAGUACCCCGCCGGACGACAUCUGAAAAACCCUCUGACAAAUUAUUUCUGCGUUGCGAUUUACAUCCUGAAUCUUCACGAGUGGUCCGGAAAGCCGAAAAUAAUCGAGAUGGAUUUGUCUUGGGUAAUCAACUAUGGGAUUUGAUUUCACCUUGAGUCGAGCAACUCUGUCACUUCGACAACUUGUAAAUCAGGACCUGUACUUU